AUGGAUGACAUACUCCGCAACAUUUACUCCGAUUCGGAUGCAUUCGCUCAGGAUAACAACGCCGGUGACGGUGCCGGAGGAGGUGAAGGAUCGGCAGCCGACGGUGGUGGCGAGGAGAUGGGGAUUGCGAACGGGAGCAAGACGGUGGACGAGAUGUGGAGUGAAAUUGUGAGCGGCAGCGCGGAGCCGAGGAUGACUCUGGAGGAUUUCCUCGCUAAGGCGGGUGCGGGGGACGAGGAGGAUGCUAGGGUUCCGGAGGCGGCGGUGACGGUGGGGCCGGCGGUGCCGGGCGUCUUCGGGAUGGACGCGAUCGUGAUGAAUCCCGCGUCGGCGGCCGUUCAAUUUGCGCCUCCGCCGGCGGUGUGCGUUCAGAACGGGUUCGGCGUGGAGUUUGGGAGCGGGAGGGGUAGGAGGAGGGUGGCGGUGGAGGAGGCGCCGCUCGACAAGGCCACGCAGCAAAAGCAGAGGCGAAUGAUUAAGAACAGGGAAUCUGCCGCUAGAUCCAGGGAGCGAAAGCAGGCCUACACCGUUGAGUUGGAGUCUUUGGUGACGCACCUCGAAGAAGAAAAUGCUAGGCUUUUAAAAGAAGAGCUGAUGGAGAACCUAAUUCCGCUCGUGGAAAAGAGAAGGCCUUCGAAGGUUUUGAGGAGAGUGCAUUCCAUGGAGUGGUAG